GAGCAGGGCUCCAGCAUGGCAGGGCGCAGGGGGAACCGGGACAAGGUAGAGGACGACCUGCCGGUUUAUCUGGCCCGGCCCGGCACGGCAGACCAGGUGCCCCGGCAGAAACACGGCGGCUUGUUCUGCAGCGUGGAGGACGCCUUCGAGAGCAAAACCAUUGACUUUGACGCCCUGAGCGUCGGCCAGAGGGGCUCCCGGACCCCGAGGACCGCCAAACGGGAGACUGGUCAGGAGGCGAAGAGCCCGGCCAGUGAGGGCUUUGAGAGCCCCCCUGGGGACUCACCUCAGAGCAGGAGCAGAGGAGGGAGAGAAGACGUGCUGCGGAACCUGGGAGAUGAGACGAGCGACAGGCUUUUGAUCAAAGGCGGGAGGGUCGUGAACGAUGAUCAGUCCUUCCAUGCCGACAUCUACAUGGAGGAUGGCGUCAUUAAGCAGAUCGGAGACAACCUGAUUGUGCCUGGCGGGGUGAAGACCAUCGAAGCCAACGGGAAGAUGGUGAUCCCCGGUGGCAUCGACAUCCACACCCACUUCCAGAUGCCAUAUCGUGGAACCACCACCGUGGAUGACUUUGCGCAGGGGUCAAAGGCUGCCCUUGCUGGCGGCACGACUAUGAUCGUCGACCACGUGAUCCCAGAGCCUGGCAGCAGCCUGAUGGAGGCGUAUGACCAGUGGAGGCAGUGGGCAGAUGAGAAGUCCUGCUGUGAUUACUCCUUCCACGUGGACAUCACCAACUGGAAUGACAGCAUCAAGCAGGAAGUGGACAGCCUCAUCAAGGAGAAAGGUGUGAACUCUUUCCAGGUCUACAUGGCUUACAAGGACUACUACCAGAUGAGCAACAGUGAGCUAUAUGAGAUCUUCACCUUCCUGGCAGAGAGGGGAGGCAUCGCUCAGGUCCAUGCUGAAAAUGGAGAGAUCAUUGCUGAGGAACAGGCCCGCAUGCUGCAGAUGGGUAUCACUGGACCAGAGGGGCACGUGCUGAGCAGGCCAGAAGAGCUGGAGGCGGAGGCCGUGUUUCGUGCCAUCACCAUCGCAAGCCAAACCAAUUGUCCUCUGUAUGUGACCCGGGUCAUGAGCAAGAGCGCUGCUGACAUCAUCUCACAGGCCCGGAAAAAAGGAAAUGUUGUGUUUGGGGAGCCAAUCACAGCCAGCCUGGGGACUGAUGGGACACAUUACUGGAGCAAGAACUGGGCCAAGGCAGCUUCUUUUGUAACAUCACCUCCUCUUAGCCCUGAUCCAACCACUCCAGACUAUCUGAACACACUGCUGUCCAGUGGAGACCUGAGCGUGACUGGCAGUGCUCACUGUACCUUCAGUGUGGCCCAGAAGGCCAUCGGCAAGGAUGACUUCACUCAGAUCCCUGAAGGGGUCAACGGAGUGGAGGAGAGGAUGACUCUUAUCUGGGAUAAAGCUGUGACUACGGGUAAAAUGGAUGAGAACAUGUUUGUGGCGGUCACCAGCACCAAUGCAGCGAAGAUUCUCAACCUUUACCCUCGUAAGGGCCGGAUCGCCGUGGGCUCUGAUGCCGACCUGGUCAUCUGGGACACGGACUCCAUCAGCACCAUCACUGCCAAGACACACAACUCGGCUGCUGAGUACAACGUCUUUGAGGGCAUGGAGCUGCGUGGAGCCCCUCAGGUGGUGAUCUGCCAGGGGAAGAUUGUUCUGGAAGAUGGGAACCUGCACGUCAUCUCCGGUGUGGGUCGCUUCAUUCCCUGCACUCCUUACCCUGACUUUGCCUACAAGAGGGUUAAGGCCAGGAAGCAGCUGGCCGUCCUGAGGGCAGUACCCAGGGGAAUGUAUGACGGCCCUGUGUCUGAGUUCUCCAUGUCCCGUGGUGGAACCCCCUCUGCCUCUGCGCGUACCUCUCCCACCAAACAGCCUGUCAGAAACCUGCACCAGUCUGGAUUUAGUCUAACAGGUCCCCCCACCCCAGACGACAUCCCCAUCAGGCCUGCUGGCCGGCGUAUUGUAGUGCCCCCCGGUGGUCGUUCCAACAUCACAUCCCUCAGUUAAACAGCAAGAGCUGGAGGAGGGGAUGCAUCCAGACAAAGGACAGCAGCCAGAGUGCAGGAUUAAGGGUGGGAGGGAGUGUGGGAGGGAAAGGGGAAAGGGAAGGGGGUGGGGGGGUGUGGGAGGAGGAGGAGGAGGAGGAGGAGGAGGAGGAGAUGCAUAGGACCAUGAUUAGUUCAACGUUAAAAAAGAGCAAAACACUGAAUCCUCAUGCCUUACCUGUCACAAUGCUACCGUGCUCGGAUGAGAACAGUAUCCCUUUUCCUGGGAUGGUGGUUUUGAAUUGGUACUAAAGUUACCAUCAGAGCACUUUACACUUAACAAGUUGUAGUCUCACUUUUUACCAGUAUAGAAAACACCAAAAAAAUGCAGUUAAAACUCGUCACGUGGUGCUUUGGUCAUGGGAAAUUAUACCAGUAAAACUCAUGCCAUCACAUUCAAUCAGAAAACAAAAACUAACUGUCUCCUCAAAGGAAAACAGAUACUUCUUCUCUGACUGUUGCUGCGGUUCUUUCAUCCUGGUCAGCUUUCAAUGUCACCCCCCUUUUCAGUCGCCUGCUUUCUCCCCUAGUCAGUAAAACAUUAACACUAGAUCCCACAUUAGCCAUGUAAUAUCAUGCAGCACCAUUGAUUAGCACUAGGUGGCAUUGUAUGUAUGGUAAAUGUAAUGUAGCUUUGUGACUGAUGUUGUUGCAGCCUGUUUGGGUUUACUGGAACAAGUUCAAGGUAUUUAUCAAAUCUUUCAGGAGAAAUGCAUUCAGAUAAUAGAGCUGCAUGGACCACAAAAAACAUGGGUGACGUAAUCCAUGGUCCUUUUUGCUCUAGACUCCUCGCAAUGUUUGAUGAAUACCUUCCCCAUGAUGUAUUGAUUGCAUAAAUAUUGAUGUUAAAAACUUAGCAAUUGUUUGCUUUUCCCUGAAAGGUUUGUUUAGUUUUUCUGCAUCCAUCAUGGCUCUACAAAGAAGAACAUUGUGUGAAACUGUCCUUUGCAUUUGCUUCUAGCUUAUUGCAUCCUGAAAUGUCAUCUUGAAAAGGGGAAAAGAUAAAAAAAAAAAAAGUAACAAUAAACCGUCCCUUGUAGCUCAGCCCUAACUUGUAAUGAAGAGCUUAGCAGUUGGAAGAAAACAACGGGAGAAAAAAACAAGAAAAAUCAGAUGCAAUGAAAUGAAUAAGUAACAAAACCUGCUUAAAGAUAACAGAACUUCACCUUCAGCUUUACUUUUCCAUUACAAACUGGGCUCUCAUUUUAGGAGAAGAGGAACACCAUCAUACCUGUGUCAUGCUAACACAGCCGUCUAAUGCAAUCCUGACCAAUACUAAUUCAAGGUCAGCCUGAAAUAGCUGUGGGUCCACUUAAGUUUACCUUAAUAACUCCGGAUCUGAUUGUGUUUAGGGUGUUAAAGAGCUCUUUUUUAUGGCACUGCUGUUUUCCCAUAAGGAAGCGGAUUGUGGUGCAGUAAGGGAAGCUUUUUUUGUCGCUGUCCCGCUGCUGGGGAGGGAGGGAAGGAGAUGGCGUUUUUUAUUUUUUGGCAGUGGUGUGGCAGACUGAAAGGCAGAUGCAAGUGGUGGUUUGUUGUAUUUAUGUUAGUUUGACAACCUUUGUUGUUUUUUUGUUGUUGAUUUUUUUUUUACUGUUGUAUCAAAACCCAGAGAUGGCAGGUAAAAAGUUAGGGUGUGUUGUGGAGGUAUGAUUUGUUUCCUGAAUAAACAUGAGUUGCAACUGAU